CUGUGAUUACAGACAUUGCAACCAUCACAAAUAUACGUGCCAUGAAUGCUACUGCCUUAAACAACACCCAAAGUUUCCGGAGAUCUGUGCCGUUUACCUUGGAAUCAUUGUCAGAGAGGAGAGUCUAUAUAAAUAUUCCGUCUAUAAUAUAUACAUUUAUAUUACUGUUUAUCGGCAUACCAGGAAAUGCCACCGUCUUCUACAUCUAUUUUACAAGAUGGAAGAAAAGUUCUACUCGUGUAUUUAUCAUUGCCCUGGCAAUAUUGGAUUUGACAAACUGUACAUUGACAUUCCCAUUUGAGUUGGCACAUAUGUUCAACCCUUUUAACUUCGAUUUUCCCGUAUUGUGUAAGUUAUUUCGUUUCACUACUUACACUUGUAAUAGUGGCGGGGCUUUAUUGCUAAUUGCUAUCGCCGUAGAUCGCCAUAUGAGGAUUUGUAAACCGUAUAAAAAGCCAAUGAACCCAAAGAUAGCCAAACUGAUAUCAAUCGUAAUUAUUGUGACGUCUGUCGCCACGUGUUGGCCAUCUCUUAUAAUAUACGGCAUAGAAGUUCGGCCCAUUACACCAACGAUCGAACUGAAAUUCUGCUUGAUUGAAACUGGAUAUCGUGACACUCAAUACCCAUUGGCAUAUCUUCUUGUUCAGUGCGCAUGCACUAUAGUUAUAUUUAUAGUUUUAGUCGUCAUUUAUUCAAUAAUUGGCGCCCAAGUAUGCCGUCGUUGGAAGUUUCGGACGACAUCGUUAAAGUCCGUGGGCGAUGGUGACGAUGGAGUAAUUGCUGAUAUUUCGUCUAUUAAUUGCAAUGAUAAAGAUGACAGCGUUUGGAAAGACGACGAGGAAAAGGAUAAUAAUUCCUCCCUUGUAAACGAAAAUGAGCCGAAACUGAAACCGAAUGUAGCUAGACUCCCAUAUUUAUCCCAAUCAUCAACCAUGCUUAAGAAGAAAAAAGUGUUUGACUCUCGGGCGAUACGUAUCGGGAAAACAACAAUCAUGUUAUUUGUGGUUACCAUUGCGUACAUUCUAUGUUUCUCGCCAUUCUUAGGGUUAGCUAGUCAUCGAUCGAUAUAUCCAGAACGAUGGUUGAAUCUAUCUCAGGCCGGAGAAACACUUUAUCAAUUUUUCUUGCGAUCCUACUUAGCAAACUGUGCUAUCAAUCCAAUCAUAUACUCUUACUUUAACCGGAUAUUCCGACAGGAGUGUGUCAAGUUUUACCGGAAACUCUUCUGUACAAAACAAAACGUUUAUCAACCUUAAUCAUAUGAUAGGUUAUGUAUUAAAUAUUCUGAGGUUGAAAGUUUAUAUACGCAAUAGUACGGAAAUUUCAACUUCUGACGUUAAUAUUUGCGUUUGAAUGUCUGUUAACGACAUUGAACUUCAGUAAAAAUAACACGAACACGGGCAUAUGUGUUUUGAUUAUAAACAUAUUUGUUUACACUGGUGGUAAACAGAAAUGCAAAAUGAGAUACCAAGGAGCUAGUUAUUAAACAGAAGGAAGAUAAUUACAACCUAUUGUUGCUUAGUUCGUUCAUUUGGAGGAUUGUA